UAACCGGAAGUGGCAUUUGGCAUGCACAUAUGACCAAGGAAGGAGAGCUAGCGUUUUAAAACGGUUCAAGAUUGUAAACACUGGAAAUUAGGGAGAGUCCUCUCUGCCAUUGAGAUGGAAAUAUAAGGUUAAGUUGAGGGUGUUUGACCAAUCUUUGCUCUUCAGUGCAUGGACACAAAGCCAAUGCGCAGGGCCGCCAGCGCACGUCAGGACGCCACUGGAAUGGACAUCACCAGCCGCUGUACUCUGGGGGACCCCAACAAGCUGCCUGAAGGGGUCCCCCAGCCGGCACGCAUGCCCUACGUGUCGGACAAACACCCGCGGCAGACCCUGGAGGUCAUCAACCUGCUGAGGAAGCAUCGGGAGCUGUGUGACGUGGUUCUGGUGGUGGGCGCCAAGAAGAUCUACGCUCACCGCGUCAUCCUGUCCGCCUGCAGCCCCUACUUCAGGGCGAUGUUCACCGGGGAGCUGGCGGAGAGCCGGCAGACGGAGGUGGUUAUCCGGGACAUCGAUGAGCGCGCCAUGGAGCUGCUCAUCGAUUUUGCCUACACCUCACAGGUGACAGUAGAGGAGGGGAACGUCCAGACUCUGCUCCCUGCCGCCUGCCUUCUGCAGCUGGCUGAAAUCCAGGAGGCCUGCUGUGAGUUCCUCAAGAGGCAGCUGGACCCGUCCAACUGUCUGGGCAUCCGGGCCUUCGCCGACACACACUCCUGCCGCGAGCUGCUCAGAAUCGCAGACAAGUUCACACAGCACAACUUUCAGGAGGUGAUGGAGAGUGAGGAGUUCAUGCUGCUGCCUGCCAACCAGCUGAUCGACAUCAUCUCCAGUGAUGAGCUGAACGUGCGCAGUGAGGAGCAGGUGUUCAACGCCGUCAUGGCCUGGGUGAAGUACAGCAUCCAGGAGCGGAGGCCCCAGCUGCCCCAGGUGCUGCAACACGUCCGCCUGCCGCUGCUCAGCCCAAAGUUCCUGGUGGGUACAGUUGGAUCGGAUCCCCUCAUCAAAAGUGAUGAAGAGUGCAGAGACCUGGUGGAUGAAGCCAAGAACUACCUGCUGCUCCCACAGGAGCGGCCGCUGAUGCAGGGCCCCAGAACCCGGCCCCGAAAGCCCAUCCGCUGUGGAGAGGUUCUCUUUGCAGUCGGUGGCUGGUGCAGUGGCGACGCCAUUUCCAGCGUGGAGCGCUACGACCCCCAGACCAACGAGUGGCGCAUGGUGGCGUCCAUGAGCAAGCGGCGGUGUGGGGUGGGCGUGAGCGUGCUGGACGACCUGCUGUACGCGGUGGGGGGCCACGACGGCUCCUCCUACCUCAACUCUGUGGAAAGGUCCAACAACAGCUGGAUAGCACUUCAUUAUACGUAUGAUCCAAAGACCAACCAGUGGAGCAGCGACGUGGCGCCCACCAGCACGUGUCGCACCAGUGUGGGCGUGGCUGUCCUGGGCGGAUACCUGUACGCAGUGGGGGGGCAGGACGGGGUUUCCUGUCUCAAUAUAGUAGAAAGAUACGAUCCAAAAGAGAACAAAUGGACUCGCGUGGCCUCCAUGAGCACCAGACGACUGGGAGUAGCUGUGGCCGUACUGGGAGGAUUUCUGUACGCUGUGGGGGGCUCUGAUGGAACAUCCCCACUAAAUACAGUUGAACGCUACAAUCCUCAAGAGAACCGCUGGCACACGGUCUCCCCCAUGGGCACCAGGAGGAAGCACCUGGGCUGUGCGGUGUACCAGGACAUGAUUUACUCUGUGGGAGGGAGGGACGACACCACCGAGCUGAGCAGCGCGGAGCGCUACAACCCCAGGACCAAUCAGUGGUCUCCGGUGGUCGCCAUGACGUCCAGACGCAGCGGGGUGGGCUUGGCUGUGGUGAAUGGCCAGUUAAUGGCCGUAGGAGGCUUUGAUGGGACGACGUAUCUAAAAACUAUAGAAGUCUACGACCCGGACGCCAAUACGUGGAGGCUGUAUGGAGGGAUGAACUACCGGCGGUUAGGUGGCGGCGUUGGCGUGAUUAAAAUGACUCACUGUGAAUCCCACAUAUGGUAGCCCCGCCCCUCGCCCCGCCUCUGGCCCCGCCCACCCCUCCACUCCUCAUCAUGACGCAACGGAUGCACCUUUUGACCGACUCCCAGAGGAGAGAAGGAGGAGGAGAAGGGGUGCUCAUCCAAAAAAAGAGAAGAAGGGCUGAGCUUUGAACUGGAGUCCAUCCUCAACCCCCCCUUCACAGCCAUUAACUUUACCGAGGGAAUGGGAAGCGUCUGGCUUCCGGUUUGGCAAAAACACUCCGGCUCCUCCUGACCUGGAGACUCUGGAAACAGGGUCUCCUGCCUGGGGUUUAAAGGAGCUCAGAACUUGUGAAGGCAGAGAGCUUUUCACCUAAUGACAACCAGCAAAACGCUCUCCAAGAGACAAAAGCCGUCAUGGACCCUCAGAAGUAGUUCUGUCUCAUUCAGUCUCUGGUUUACAUUUGGCUUUGAAUCAUACGUCUCAUUCAGAGGAACACGGGGAGUCUCAGUGGGCCGCUCCUCUGAGCUUUGUGUGUAGCAUCAAACAGCCAAACCAUCAUUGUGAAGACAUCUGCAUGUGGAGAACCCGAGGAGAACCGGAGGAGCUCCAGGACUCAUUCCUCCAUAAACCACAGCCGGAUGGUGGUUAGCAGGACAAUGACGCGUUAAUGGGCCUGUAGCUGUUUGUUAGAUUUUAAUAGAGUUGGGGAAAUUGAGAGAAUAAUGUUUAGAGAGAAGAAGCCCUGGUGUUGGUGUAAAACGCUGGAACAUUCAGACAGAAGUGUGUUUAUAUCUGUAAAGGCAGCAUUGAAGAGCCUGUCUGUAUCACUACCUAAACCCCCCCCCAGUGAGGAAAUCUUUCUUUUACCAGACUUUGGUUGAAAAUCUCCCCUUCCUUUAAAUUACAAAUGUCCCCCCUUUGUACUGCUGUUGGAAAGACAGUUUUUUUUUUUUUUUUUACCCU